CUGCACCGGAAGUCCAAAAUACACUCCUUUCUCGGGAAUCAACUGAUCAAUGGCUGCAAUGACGAGUAAUGGCCUAGUUCCGGAGGGGCUUUCGUGAGGCUGUUGGGAAUUGGGGAAUUUUCUCUCUUGGGGGCCUCAUAAGGCAUGCCAGCCCUAACCAUCAGCGCAACAUGAAUCGACCGAGCAAGAACGAAACCCAGUCAUACGCCACCACUGCCAACCCAAUCUGAUAUGUCGCGAUUUUCUAAAUCACUGCAAGUCAUCCACAUGGACUACUACAGCCUGCAGGGCGUGCGCUACAGGUCGCCGAGUUCCUCCAGCGGAGCCGACGCCGAAAUUUUCGCCUCGCCUCUACGCACGACGCGGGAUGGCUUCGAGGGCGUCUGCGGCGUGAACUUACCUGGCUGGCUUUCUCUCGUGCAAGUGCUGAGCCCCGCGUUGAUCGCCUCAUCUACCCUUAAACUCCAAUGUUCGCCUCGUGGCUGUGCCGAGCACCAGCCAUCGCGCGAGUUGCUGAGAAGAUUCCAUAGCUUCGACGGCGACGAUGCUCGGAAAACCGACCGGCAUUUCCACAAUGGCGAUGGGUUCAUUCCGGCGAGUGUCCUUGACUAUGAUGGAUCGCAGAGAAAGAUAUGGGCACAGGAGCUGGUUUUUGUGGUUAUUUGUUGGUGUUGAACAGAUACGCAUCUCAAUCCCACAUCGUACCUCAGAACUCCUCAAUACACUUGAUCGCCACCGCAAGGGGGAAAUUGCCCCGAUUGCCCACCACACUUGCUGAAGGUGUUCCUGUUUCUCCACUGUACUGUGGUGGCUCGUGUUCUUCCCUUCCGGCUUUUAUCAUGCCCGCCUACCCACUGCCGGCGAGCAGAGCU